CUAUUUCAACACCACCAUUCAAACUUAUGCACUACGUCUUCCAUUCAACCAUCUUCCCAAAGCAUUAUUCAAACCUCAACAAAAACAACAGCUUAAUUUCUGCAAGCACUGGUCUAUGGAACCCGAAGCUUCAUCGUUUGAGACGAGUGAGAUAUUAGCAACAUUCGUGGCAUCAACGCCAGUGCUAGAAGAAUCAUGGCGACUCUGCAAUCUCGCCAACUCUGUUCCAAACCAAGGUUUCGUGAUGGAACAAGUUGGGAAUAUUGGAUAUGUUGGUUUUCCCAGCAUGGGAAAUAACCAGAUUUGUUAUGGGAAUUUGGUGGGUCUAGAUGGUGAGAAUAACCAGAUUUUCUCUCCUUUGUAUCGCCAAAUCAAUGAAGGGGAAAAACCGAUCAUGCUUGAAGCUGGGUUCUUGCAGCUUUUCUUCUCCAUCUAUGGCUUCCAAACCCAGAUCGUGGCAUUAAUGGAGAAGAGCAAGUCAAUUGUGAUGACAGGCCAUUCCAUAGGAGGAACAACGGCUUCUCUUUCAACUCUCUGGCUCCUCUCCUACCUCCAUUCUCUAAUCCCUUCUCCAUUAUCAGUCCUAUGCAUCACUUUCGGCUCACCAAUGCUCGGAAACGACUCACUUUCCAAAGCUAUUCUUCGCCAGAGAUGGGAUGGCAACUUCUGCCAUGUGGUCUCCAAACUUGACAUUUUCCCAAGAUUGUUUUUUCUCCCUCCACUUCACAUUUCUCCCUGCCUGCAACUUCUCCUGAAUCUUUGGCGCUUUUUUGAGACUUCUCGAGAGCUAGCAGUCCAGUUGCAUAAUGAAGAAAAGAUCAAAAUGUUUCAAUCUGUAUUGGGUUGCUUGGAAAAGAUUGUACAAUCUGAAGGAGGGUCGGCUGACAGUUUGUUUUGGCCGUUUGGGAACUAUUUUUUCUGUACGGGAGAGGGAGCUAUUUGUAUGGAUAAUGCAGUUUCUGUUAUUAAAAUGAUGCACUUGAUGCUUAUGACAUCGGGUUCGCCUGAUUCUAGCAUCGAAGAUCAUCUCAAAUAUGGCAAUUAUGUUGCAAGAGUUUCUUCGCAAUUCUUGAAGCAAAGAAGCUUUAUGGGAGAUCUUCCUGGAUCUUGCUAUGAAGCUGGAGCUGCAUUGGCAUUACAGUCUUUAGGCGUGGCUUCCCAGGAAUCGGUUGCAGUGCCAGCGAAAGACUGCCUGAAGAGGGAAAGGAAAAUGGUUCGCACCCCAAACUUAAAUGUUGCUAAUCUGGCGAUAAAACUAUCAGAGAUCAACCCCUACAGGGCUCAAAUAGAGUGGUAUAAGGCACUUUGUGAUGAUUCGGAUGAUGAAAUGGGUUACUAUGACUCAUUCAAGCGACGAGGAAAUUCAAGAAGAGACUCCAAAGUCAAUCUGAAUCGUAUGAUGCUUGGUGGGUUCUGGGAUAAUGUAAUCUCAAUGAUUGAAAGUAAUGAAGUGCCUCACGAUUUCCAUAAGCGAGCGAAGUGGGUUAAUGCUUCCCAAUUCUAUAAACUCCUUGUUGAACCUCUGGACAUUGCAGAAUACUAUCGCACUGGGAUGCACUGUGUCAAGGGGCAUUACAUAGAGCAUGGUAGAGAAAGGAGGUACAAGAUUUUUGAUAGAUGGUGGGAAGAGAGAAGGGUUACUGAUGCAGAGUGCUACAGAAGGAGCACAUAUGCAAGCUUGACUCAAGAUACAUGUUUCUGGGCAAAGUUAGAGGAAGCAAGGGAGUGGCUUGACAAUGUUAGAAGUGAGAGAGAUAAAAGGAAGCUAGACUUGCUGUGGAACAAUAUCAAUGAUUUUGAAAGCUAUGCAGCUGCAUUAGUUGACAGUAAGCAGGUCUCGAAAGAUGUUUUGGCGAAGAAUUCUAGCUACACUUUGUGGUUGGAAGAAUUGAGGGAAUUUAAAUCACAGUUGAUGCAAGUCUCUGUUCAAUUUCGUAGCUUUGCCAAUGGGGUAGUCCCUUAGAAUGUUCUCUAGGAUAAUGGCUUUGUAAACUAUUUCUAAGAACCUUGUGUUUUGCAACUUUGGCACAUAAGUUGCUUUAGAUAUGGAUAAUUUUUUCUUACUGGCUAGAAAAUGUAGUUAUAUGAAGCCAAGCCACUGACAGGCAGGGAAGCAACUAUACAAUUAGCUGCCUGCAGGUCUUCUUGUGCAUGAUACUAUAGUGAAAAUUGAUCUGUAAAUAGAAUGGCAAUACAGCAUGUUGCAAUGGGUGACAAUCAAAUGUGACGCUAUCGGCUAAGGAACUGGAGGCUGAUAAAAAGUGUAGGCUAGAGCUUGUGAGAAAAGAGAAAAAGAAGUCCAAGGAACAAAUUCACGAGCUUGACUAUAUUAAUGCUUUUGGGCAAAGUGGGGCUAAUAUGAUUUCAUAAUGCAUAUUCAAAGAAUGCUGCUCGCAACUUUGAUAGAUAUCAGUUCACACUGCUCAACGAGAUUCAUGCUUAGAAAGGAUUUGCAACUGUGAUAGAUAUCAGUUCACAUUAAAGAUGAUGCAUGAAUGUACAAAACGAUGUAUGGAUCUCCCAGUUAGAGAUAUAUACGUAUAUAAAUUUUCUGGCAGCAAAUCUUCUGCUCAUACAAGGUAGUCC